AUGCCGAAAGAAGAGUGUCUUCGUGAACCUCUUAUCAAUGAAUCCAACGAUUCAGAUGAUGAUAGAUUUCUCCCAGACCGAGAGUCAGGCGGAAUUCAUCUUGGCCAUGGCAUCAAGAUUCACAAUAUCUUUUAUAAGCUCUCAAUAAUCUCAUUGGUGCUCAUUCUUGCCAUCGUUUCUACGUUGUUAAUUAGAAUGGAAAUGCGAUCCCACCACACGGUUGAUCAGACCUGCGCUUCGCACACCGCAUCAUGGUCCCCCCUGCUCCGAGAAACUUCCAUUGAAUAUAGAACCCACACGUUUGACGGUUCAUUCAUGGAUGAGAAUAUUUAUCGGCAACAAGGAUCCUCAGAAGUGGAUGCAGCCUGGGAAGCGCUUGGACUUAAUUAUCGAGCGGGGAUUAUUUCCAGAGAAGACGGGCUCGCCAGUGGCCUGGAUUCUUCAUUUGUGCAGCGGGCGAAAAAAUAUGGGGGAGGAUUCCUUGUUAAUGUCGAAGGAAUGCAUCAUUUGCACUGCUUGAACUUACUCCGAAAGUCGCUGUACUUUAAUUACGACCACUACAAGCUCCUUGGCCAACACGCGUUCAAGAACGAGGAGCCAAUCCUCCGCCGACAUGUUACUCAUUGUCUCGACACAAUCCGUCAAGUGUUGAUGUGCAAUGUCGACACGGGUGUCCUGGGCCAAGUCUGGGCUAACCCCAAUAGCCCAACGGCGUUCCCUGACUUCAACACCAAGCAUGUGUGUAAAAACUACGAGAGCGUAAGAAAGUGGGCGGAGUUGAUUCAAGCCCCUCCAUAUGACCAGGUCCCCGAGGACUUCUUGGAACCGCCAAGUUCAGAAAAUAUUUUGCCUGAGAUACCAUAG